AUUAAUAAUUGUCCCACUCUUUUCUUUGUCACGUCUUUCAAAGCCUUCUCUUUCACCCUUUAGUUUUGGAAGUUUUCAUGGCUGCCCAUCUUCUUUUCUCUUCUUCCUCUUAGUAUCCUAAGGCUCUUUCAUUCCUCUCAUUUUUCUUUUCCAACUCUUAUCCACAGUCACCACAAGUAUCUCAGUUUUCAACAAAACCCCAUAUAUCCACAACCUUUUUUCUCUCUUCUCAUUUGUCUUUCACUCUUUAAUAUGGUUUUGCUUUCAUAGAGUUAUGAAUGCACCAACCCCUCUUGACCCAAGAGAAGGUCUUUGUACAUUCUUGUUCAUUCAUCAAGAUUAGUUGUACAACAGUAGUUGAAGGAGCUGGGGGUGAAGUUGCUUGCUUUUUUAAACUCCCUCAUUUUCUGUUUUAUUAUUAAGGAAAAAGAAUGUUCCUAAAAUCACAUGCAAUGGAACUUCUUUGUUACUCUAUACCUUCUUUAUCAUGGCUUUGAAGUUGUAGAAAAGUAAAGUGACCCAUCUAAGUACAUCUACUUUCUGCAGGCAAAAGAACCAUCUCUUCACAUUUAUUGGUGUUUCUGCUCCCCUAUUUUGUUGUGUCGUCCCUUAAAGGCUCUCUGUUGCAUUUGUUCUUGUCUUGCUGCUUCCACCAUGGCAACCAAGAUGAAAGGGAUCUACAAAAGUUUCAAAUUCAUUUCCCAAAUAUUUGUUGUGAAGGAGCGUGAGAUGGAAAUUGGGUACCCCACAGAUGUCAAGCAUGUGGCACACAUAGGAUUGGAUGCCGCUUCUGGCAGUGCACCUAGUUGGUUGGGUGGGAUUGUGCAGAUGAAUGAUUUCAAGGCAACAUCUGAAUUCUCCACAUCGAUUAGUAGCCUUGCUGAAUUUAGAGAUUCCAGCUCUAUGGCUCUUUCCACAUGGUCCUCUCAUGAUUUUGAUCAGUCCAUGGGACGCCAACAAGCAUGUGAUAUGUUCAAAGACAUUCCACCUACAGAUCUGCCAAAUAUUCCAAAGAAACAGAAGCGAAAAAAGUCCAGGUCAAGUUCUUCUCCAAAGUCGUCUUCUUCUAGAUCCUCACGAGGGUCAAAGUCGAAGACUGCAUUCAAUGAUAUGGAUACAAUUUCAAACCUACAAAUUUAAAAACGGAUUAAGAUUAUGAAAUUGGUGGGAGAAGGGAAACAACAACCCCCCCAAAAAAAAAAAAAAAAAAACUGUUGAUGUGCAUAGUAAACAUUGUGAAAUCCCCUUUCAUUACUAAGGUUAUUUAAAAUGUCAAGAAAAUAUAUAGGAGGUUGAACAAAUCUUGUGUAAAUUUUGAAAAUCAUCUUUUCUAGGAAAAUGGAAAUUAGGUGGUGGCAAUAGAUGUGAAAAGAAGAAAAAAUGAUCAAUGUCCAAGGAAGACCUUUGAAGAUGCAAACUUUGGUUUAAUGAUGAAGAAUCAUGCAUAUGGUUGGAUUCCUUAGCUCUUCUGGUGUGGGGAAGAUGAUUGAACUUAAACAAGAACACAAGGGGAUUUUCUAUUUAACAGUUGGUGAUGCUUUUUUCCUAGUUAUGAAUGGUCCUUGAGCUAGAAUGUUUGUUGACAACCUUGAAAAUUCUUCUCAAAUUCCAGAAUGUAAAAUUAAUUCUUGCUGAUACUAGAUUGUACAAGUUGCAGUUUCAAUUAUACCAAUAUUGUUUCUCAGA